AUGUGGACCCUAGUGCAAAAGAGACGGAUAAAACAAUCCGUGGAACGCACACGCGCGUUUUCUCCUCGAACAAGCAGAUCCAUUGAGGCCGAUGAAUCGCAGAAGCAAGAACCAGCUUCCGCAGACACCGGAAUACCACCCAAUCACCAUGAUACCAUCCUAGUAGAAUGCACUUCUUCUUCCGACCCCCUGGACCCACGAAACUGGCCGCUCGCACGCCGCCUCACAACACUUUGUAUCCUCAGCCUCCUCGUCUUCACGCAAGCCUGGGCCGGCUCUUCCUCUUCCCUCGCGCACGACAAAGCCGCUGCCCAGUUUAAUGUGUGCAGCGUCGGCAUGGAUUUCUCCACAGCGGCGUAUCUCUUCGGCCUUGGAUCUGGCUCGUUGUUCACGGGCCCUUUGAGCGAGACAGGUGGUCGGGCGCCCGUGUAUCUGGUCUUCUCGUUUGCGUUUCUCUUGUUUGAGCUCGGUGCUGCGCUGAGCAAGACUUUUGAGGGCGUGGUUGUUUGCAGGUAUUUUGUUGGGCUGGCGAGUAGUGGGGCGCUGGGGAUCAAUGGGGCAAGUGUGGGGGAUAUGUUCAACGAGGUGGAGCGGACGAUGUGGUUUCCGGUACUGGCUUGGGUUAAUGUUAUUCCUCCAGUCAUUGCGCCGAUUGUUGGGGGAUGGGUUGUCAAUCAGCCACACCUAGAUUGGGUAUGGACUGAAUGGAUUACACUCAUCAUAUCAGCUUUUGCGUUCCUCGUUGCUUUUUUGUUUCUCCCGGAGACACUGGAAGGCGAAAUCUCUACGCGAGGUCUCGGGGCAAGGAUAUCUACGCCUCCAAGCACGCCGAAACCUCAUCCUUUUUCGGUCGACUACAACACAACGUCCCGCUUGCAGCUUCGCUUCGCUACAACUGAGCCUGCUAUCUUGGCCUUAGGUGGCUUCCUCGUCCUACUCUACAUCCUCUUGUUCAGCUUCCUCUCGGGCUUCGACUACAUCUUCAAGCGCACAUAUGCGCUGGACCCCCUCCAAGAAGGCGCUUGCUUUGCAUCUAUAUUACUCGGAGCAACAACCUUCACACUCACCACCCCAUUGUUCUACAGACAGACCCGCAGACUCACAGAUCACGAUCUCCACGCGCCAAUCAACCCCGAGUACCGUCUCUGGCCAGCUAUAGCCACAGCGCCCCUCCUCCCAAUCUCACUGUUCUGGCUGGGCUGGACCAACUACUCGCAUAUAUCGAUAUACUCCGGCCUCGCAGCAUGUUUCUGCUUUGGCGUCGUCUUGAACGCAAUGUACGUUGCUAGCUACCAGUAUAUCAUUGACAGUUAUGGUGAGCACGCAGCGAUUGCGUUGUCGAGUAUCACUAUGAUGCGCUACAUUAUCGCCGGCGGUAUGGUUAUGGCGGCGCGGCCCAUGUAUGAUGGAAUUGGAGUGCAUUGGACGAUGACACUGCUGGGUUGUGUUGCUACAUUGCUAGUGCCUGGGCCGUACCUCCUGCGGAGAUGGGGCGGGAAGUUGAGGGAGAAAAGUCGGUCCGCGAAGGGGGGUGAGGCGUGA